AUGCGUUUCUCCGGAUUCUUUUUCCUCUUCCUUCUCCUGAUUUUCACGAAGCACACCCAUCGGCACGAAAGAAAUACGACUGAAGAAAAGGACAAAAAGAAACUUGCAGCUCCAAGAUUGAAUGAAAGGAUAUUAUCAUCAUCAUUGUCCAGCAGAUCAGUGGCUGCUCAUCCUUGGCAUGAUCUUGAAAUAGGUCCUGAGGCCCCUGCUGUGUUCAAUGUUGUUGUGGUGAUCACAAAAGGAAGUAAAGUGAAAUAUGAACUUGACAAAAAGACGGCUGAUUUUCAGGUGGAUCGCAUCUUGUCCUCUUCAAUGGUAUACCCUCAUAAUCACGGUUUCAUUCCUCGUACACUUUGCGAAGACAAUGAUCCAAUGGAUGUUCUGGUCCUCAUGCAGGAACCAGUUCUUCCUGGAUGCUUUCUACGAGCCCGGGCCAUUGGUCUUAUGCCUAUGAUUGAUCAGGGGGGGAAGGAUGAUAAGAUUAUUGCAGUUUGUGCUGAUGAUCCUGAGUUUCAUGACUUCAAUAACCUUACUGAGUUAUCUCCUCACCGUCUUGCAGAAAUAAGACACUUCUUUGAUGACUACAAAAAGAAUGAGAAUAAAGGGGUUGCUGUCAAUGAAUUCUUACCAGCAGCUACUGCUCGAGAGGCCAUUCAGUAUUCAAUGGAUCUUUAUGCUGAAUACACGCUGCAAACCUUGAGACGGUAA